UUCAAAAAUGGCGGACGAAGUAGAGCAAAAAGAUAAAGAUACAGAAAAAGAUCCCUUGUCGUUCUUUGCUGCUGGAGAUGACAGCUCAAGCUCCGACUCAGAAGACGAAGGAUAUGAUAAUGAAAUAAAUGUCAAAGUAGACAAAAACGACAAAGCAAAUGAUUCAAACGAUAGUAUAGCGUCUAAACUGCCUUCGCCACAUACGCUCUUCGCUAGUGUUGGUCGACCAUCAUUCUUGAAUACGAACCAAGAGGAAAGCACUGUCGACUGGGAUAAACUCUCCACAAAAUACAACCAAGCUGUUUAUGCUGCUGCUCCUGUAGUGAGCUUAGAAGAACGAGAAAAAGACGACAGCUAUAGUGAUGCAAUGAUUACCUCUAACCCUAUCAAGUAUGGCAAAGAGCUGAGUGAUAUUCAAAAACACAUCGUGAUACACGGGAAACGAGGAAGCGAUAUACGACUAAUGACACACAGAGAAAGCUCAGACAAAAAUCCAGGUGAAAGCAAGGCAAAGAAAGCAAAGCCAGACUGAAACGUUUGAAUAAGAAUAAAAUGAGAUGUUGGACAAGCGACUAAAGAAAAAAGAGUAUAUAUGGGGAGGAGGCAGUAUGGAAUGAACAAAAUAAUAGGAUGCUUAAUUCUGUUCUUUUCAUUUGAUCUUUUCCUUAUCUUUUCUUUUCGACACUUUUCUUUCUUUUUCUAUUUUUGCCCUCUCCUUUUAUUCACUUUCUUUUUGCCCUUCCCUUCCUCUUUUUCUUUGUAGAAUUAGCAUAUUGUUUGUUACCCUGCCUACUGUACCAGUAGCCCUGGGGGAGGGGGGGUACUCCUGCCUGUUUAUGGUAGGGAUGUGCCGCUGAGCCCUGACCUUGUUCCAGAGUAAAAGAACUGAAAUUCAUACCCAGUUUCAGAGCAAGAUCACUGAAAACCAUACCCAGUGCCUGUAGUGCGAAAAUAGAUACCCUGUUCCAGAGCGAGCAUGAUUUUAUAUACCGUUCCAGAGUAGAAUCCCUGAAAACCAUACCGUUUGGCAGCAUGUACCCGUAGAGCGAAUUUAGGGGAGUAUCCCCCCCCGGGACCAGUAGUGGCCACUGUGAGGCGCUUUUGGUUCCUGCCAUUCCUUCAUUUGACACUAGUGGCAGAAUGACAGAAGCCAGGGACCAGAAGCGCCUCACAGUGGCUGGCAGUAGGCUAGGGUAGCAGAAGAGACCCAUGAAAGAUUUUAUAUUUUUGAAAAGGGCUGAAUUUUUUUUAGUUUACAGUAUUGCCAUACACCUUCCAUAAAUUUGAUGUGGUAAAUCCAACUUUUCUUUUUAUUUAAACUUCAAAAAUAUCUCUAUAUUCUUUUAUAAGUCUUCUCUGUCAAAUAUAACUUGUAAAUUUAAAUAAAGGAGAAAUCUCUCCCUACAUAACAGGCA